CCUUCUUUUAUAACCUAAAAUAUGCCACCGCCUAUUUUUCUCUCUUAUCUAUAUGGUCCCUUCUUGAUUUUUAUAUUUUUAUUUUACAUUAUCAAAAGUUUAGAUUUAGGUCCUUGUGUUAUGGUUUGUGGGUUGCCUCUUUUUUUCAUUCAACCAUGACUAUCCUCAUUGAGCAGCCUCACUUUGAGAUCCAGGCAGAGGAGAAGAAGAUCCAUGACAAUGAAACGGAAUUGGUAUUGGAUGGUGGAUUUACUGUGCCCCAAACCAAUGCAUUUGGCCAUAACUUUAGGGAUUACAAUGUAGAAAGUGCAAGGCAAGGGGGGGUAGAAAAUUUUUACAGGAUCAAUCACUUGAAUCAGACCUAUGAUUAUGUAAGGAGGAUGAGGGCAGAAUAUGCAAAAAUGGACAAGGCAGAAAUGAGUAUCUGGGAAUGCUGUGAACUACUGAAUGAUGUGGUUGAUGACAGUGACCCUGAUUUGGAUGAACCUCAAAUUCAACACCUGUUACAAAGUGCUGAAGCCAUUAGGAAAGACUAUCCUGAUGAAGAUUGGCUCCAUUUGACUGCCCUUAUUCAUGAUCUGGGGAAAGUGCUUCUACUUCCUAGCUUUGGCGAGCUUCCUCAAUGGGCUGUUGUUGGUGACACAUACCCUGUUGGCUGUGCUUUCGAUGACUCUAUUGUCCACUCCAAGUACUUUAGGGAAAAUCCUGACUACAAUAAUCCAGCUUACAACUCCAAAUAUGGAGUUUACUCGGAGGGUUGUGGUCUGGAGAAGGUUAUGAUGUCAUGGGGUCACGAUGAUUAUAUGUAUUUGGUUGCAAAAGAGAAUGGGACAACAUUGCCAUCAGCUGGUCUUUUCAUCAUUAGAUAUCAUUCAUUUUACGCCCUGCAUAGGUCCGGAGCUUACAAGCACCUGAUGAACGAGGAAGAUAAGGAAAAUCUUAAGUGGCUUCAUGUUUUUAACAAGUACGACUUAUACAGCAAAAGCAAAUUUAAGGUUAACGUGGAAGAGGUCAAACCAUACUACAUGUCUCUCAUUGAAAAGUAUUUCCCCGCGAAGCUAAAAUGGUGAGGAGCUGAGUUUAUUAACAUAUGGAAGAGCUUACAAAUGAGAAAAUAAUAAGGACUGUAUGAUCCUAUAGUUGGAUAGUUUUUAGUUUUAUCCUAUCUUACUUUCUGUCUUUUUUUUUAUGUUUUGCGAUGUGAAAAUAUGGUCUGGCUAUGCAAUAAAAGUGGAUGUUUAAGUUCUCUA